GGACUAAAGCCAGUAAAUACUUGGAAAGGAUACACCAUUGCUAACCAUCCUGGUUUGAUAUUACUUACCGAUGUGAUGACCUCAAAUUUACAAAAACAUCUGGUCAAAAGAUGUUUGAAUGAUUUAGUCAAACAGCCCAAUAAAACAAAUUUGGACAGUUACACAAAAGAAGAGGACAUAGACAACAUAUUUAUAAACUUUUCAAAUUUGUUGAAAAAGUUAAGAUGGAUUACAAUGGGAUACCACCACAAUUGGGACACCAAGUUGUAUGCAGAAGAAAAUAAGAGUGAAAUGCCACAAGAUAUAUCAGAAUUGGCUGAAUGCAUUGCUAAAGUGGUAGGCUUCACAGAAUUUACUGCCGAAGCCGGUAUAGUGAAUGUUUAUCACAAGAAUUCCUCUUUGGCUGGACAUGUAGAUAAUUCUGAAUAUGAUUUUUCUUCUCCAAUUAUAUCAUUAAGUUUAGGAUGUACAUGCAUUUUUCUGAUUGGAGGACCUGACAAAACAUCUGAACCAACAGCAUUGUACUUGAGAUCUGGAGAUGUGGUUGUCAUGUCUGGAGAGGCUCGACUGUGUUACCACGCUGUUCCAUGCAUCAUAACAAGUUCAUACACAUGUCUGAAUGACAAAUCUACUACUGACUGUCACGAAAAGUGCUUUGAUAGCAAUGAAAACAACUCUAAAAUAAAUUCAGAAAGUUAUACAAUGGACAAUGACUUUGACAAUGAUUGGCAUUUAUAUGAAAAUUUUUUGAAGGAAUCAAGGAUUAAUAUUAAUACUAGGCAAGUA